ACAUUUGCUUCUGACACAGUUGUGUUGACUAACAACCUCAGGAACAGACACCAUGGUGCACCUGACUAAUGCCGAGAAGGCUGCCGUCAGCGGCCUGUGGGGCAAGGUGAACGUGGAUGAAAUUGGUGGUGAGGCCCUUGGCAGGCUGCUGGUGGUCUACCCUUGGACCCAGAGGUUCUUUGACAGCUUUGGAGACCUGUCCUCUCCCUCUGCUGUGAUGAGCAACCCCAAGGUGAAGGCUCAUGGCAAGAAGGUGCUGAACUCCUUCAGUGAAGGCCUGAAGCAUCUGGACAACCUCAAGGGCACCUUUUCCAGCCUGAGUGAGCUGCACUGUGACAAAUUGCACGUGGAUCCUGAGAACUUCAAGCUCCUGGGCAAUAUGAUCGUGAUUGUGCUGGCCCACCACCUGGGCAAGGAUUUCACCCCGGCGGCAUAGGCUGCUUUCCAGAAG